CGGGACGCCCUCGCUCUGCAUAGAGGUGUGAGGCAGGGGACAAAGUCGCCAACGCUCGGGUUUCUCCGGACAGCACCUUUUUUAAAAACGAAAGCAGCAGCAGCAAGCAACUCGAAGCCCCCUCAGAAUUAACACCUUGAUCCGCUGACGCGCGGCAGAUCGUCUUGAGGCUGCGAUUUUCCUUCUUGCUCCGCAAGGGACCAUGCCUGCCAGAUUGUGGGGCUUCGUGGCUGCUCGUUUGCUCUCGCUGCUGCUGCUGCAAAUGCUGCUUCUUCCGCAGGUCCAUCUCCACAGAACUACGGGCCCCAGGUUUUUAAUAAGUGACCAUGACAGAGAUCCGCAAUGUAACCUCCACUGCUCCAGAUCCGGUGUCAAGCCACUCUGUGCUUCUGAUGGCAGAACUUAUGAAUCCAUGUGUGAUUAUCAGAGAGCAAAGUGCAAGGAUUCUAAUCUGAAUGUGGCACAUCGAGGCAGAUGUAAAGAUGCUGGUGAGAGCAAAUGCCGAUUAGAAAGAGCCCAAGCACUGGAUCAAGUGAAGAAGCCACAAGAAGCGGUCUUCGUUCCAGAGUGUCACGAAGAUGGAUCGUUCACCCAAGUUCAGUGCCACACCUAUACUGGAUAUUGCUGGUGUGUCACACCAGAUGGCAAGCCCAUCAGUGGUUCUUCAGUACAGAACAAAACUCCUGUAUGCUCAGGUUCAGUAACUGACCGGCCAAUAGGACAGGGUAAUUCUGGAAGAAAAGUUUCUUUUCAAUUUUUUUUAACUCUCAAUUCAGAUGAUGGUUCAAAACCAACACCCACCAUGGAAACACAACCAGUUUUGGAUGGAGAAGAAAUCACAGCCCCCACCCUUUGGAUUAAACAUUUGGUCAUCAAAGAUUCCAAACUGAACAGCUCUAGUAUGAAAAAUGCAGAGAGAAUUAAUUCAUGUGACCAAGAAAGGCAGAGUGCACUCGAGGAAACCAAACAGAAUCCGCGUGAAGGAAUUGUUAUCCCGGAAUGUGCUCCUGGAGGACUGUACAAACCGGUGCAGUGUCAUCAGUCUACUGGCUAUUGCUGGUGUGUUCUGGUGGACACAGGCCGCCCCCUUCCUGGCACUUCCACCCGGUAUGAGACCCCUGUAUGUGAAAGUGAUGCUCGAUCCAGAAGUCCAGAAACUGACGAUCCUUUCAAAGACAGAGAACUUCCAGGCUGCCCAGAAGGGAAAAAAGUAGAAUUUAUUACCAGUUUACUGGAUGCUCUCACCACAGAUAUGGUACAGGCCAUUAACUCAGCAGCACCUGUCGGAGGUGGAAGGUUCUCUGAGCCUGAUCCCAGCCAUACCCUGGAAGAGCGGGUGGUACACUGGUACUUCGGUCAGCUGGACAACAAUAACAGCAGCGAUAUCAACAAAAGGGAGAUGAAGCCCUUCAAGCGCUACGUGAAGAAGAAAGCCAAGCCCAAGAAAUGUACACGACGCUUCACUGACUACUGUGAUCUCAACAAAGACAAGUCCAUCUCUCUACGGGAACUGAAAGGCUGCUUGGGGGUCAGGAAGGAAGGAGGCAGCAUUGGCAGUUUCCCACAUGGAAAAAGGCAAGGAGUUAAUCCUUUCAUAGGACGCCUUGUUUAAAAGCUCAUGAGGAUAUAUGACAUGGAUGGAUGGAAGGAAGGUUAGGACGCGUGGCCAUCUGAAAACAUGUGGGACUGGCAACAUCCAGUAUAGCAGAAGUGGCAGUCACAACAUUUGCACUUUGUUAAAAAAAGUAGAGAGGAGAAAAAUGGUCUACAUGUAAUACAGUUAUCUAGUAAUCUGAAGAAAAGAAGGAGAACAACCAUUGAAUUUGGAAGAAAACUGAACAUCUAUUGGUGAUUUAAAUCUUGGGGAUUGCUUGGACUUGAAAAAAGAUGUUUAAUAUACUGUAUAUAAAUGUAAAUUACACAGUGAUUUUCUGUUGCUUGUAGGAUGACUAUUUGAUCUCUGUCCAGUUUUUUUUUUCCUUUUAAGGGGCACAGCAAAUUCAGGAAUGCACUGAUUUUUAUAACCAUUCAAAAUUAUUUCACAACCUGUUAUUCAAGUAAGCCAAACAUGGUUGCGCACAGAUAUUCUUUGGAACCUCAUUUCUGUGUAUUUGUGUGCCCACUUUUGUCAGAAAACAACCUGUUUCUUCACUAGGCAUUUAUAAUGUCUUCUAGCAUCACCCAGUCAUUGUUAGGGUGAUAUAAAGUCUGUCUUUAUUACAUUUGUAACAAUACAGAGAUUACUGGAUGGUUCUUUAUAAGAUGUUAUAAAUCACUAGUGAGGAAAUGGCCUAAAUGUGUAAUCUUGGGGAUGUCCAAGAAAUGUAAAUGUGAGCAGUAUGAAAUUGUAAACAGGAGUGGGGACCCCAUGGCACCCCAGAUAUUGUUGGACAUUAAUUUACAUAUGUUUAGCCAGCAUAUCCAGGGUUCAAGGACAGCAAAAAUGUGACAAAACCUCUGCCCAGUUCAGGAAUCCAAAUUAAAUUAAAGUAGCCUCAAAAGAGAGCUGGCUUGAGGUUAGCCCACCAAUUCCUUGGCUCUUGGUUCUUUGACUGAACGGUUCUUAUUGAUAGGAAGUUUUUUUUUCCUCCCCGUUCAGAAGGAAUCUGCCUUCAGGUCAUUAUUCUGUGUCCUGCAUUCUGGAACAAGAGAGAGUGGAUCUGGAAUUUAUUUUGUGUGAAGAGUUCCCAAUGUGGUAUCCUCCAAAUGUGUUGCAUGUCAACUCCCAUAGCUAGCAUGCUCAAUGGCCUGUCUGGCUGGGGGGGUGAUAAAAGCUGAAAUCUGAAAAAUCCAGAGUACGCUAGGAUGGGGGAAGCUUGGUUUGAGCCUAUGAAAUAAGCCCUAACAGGAACCAUACCAUGUGGUUAUGAAGCUGUACAAAAUCAUUUUUCCCCAACAGCAGACCAUAAUGGGAGAGCUAUGUUAUUUUUUUGGCAAUCCCACACACAAUGAACUGCUAUCUUGGCUUUUGACUAGUGGCUUUUCUUGUGGAGUUGGUUGCCCAUUGUGAGAACAUACUGCUGGACUAGAUGGGUCCAGUCCAGCAGGACACUGCUUAGGUUCUUAACUUGUUGGUCUUGACUAUUUUAAUGUUCAGAAAAAGCAAGACUGAGUUGUAACAAUGAAUUUUUUGGACUGAGGAUCUUGAAGGUUUACUGUACAUAGGUGCAAGUUUGAAACUGGGCAAAAACAUUUUCUUCUUUUAUAAAUUUGUGUUGAAUCAUUUCACAAGUUUACUGUAAAGCAAAUCUUUGUCUUAUGGAUCAGCAGCACCCACUGCUGGCUUCUCUAACACAUCACAUACAAUGCAUGUCUCUUCAAACUUUUCUUUGCAUACUGUGUUCUUUUUCCUUUCUUUUGUUUUCAACACUUAUUCUGUAUGUAUUCAGAAUACAUUGUACGUUGUUUGAAUAUGCAGUGUAAAAAGUCUACUUUGUCCAUAUGAAUGAAGAUCAAUUUGUAAAGAAUGUUGUUAAAAUUACUUUUGUUCAUGCAGCCUUCCUCUCAGCCUCUUACACCUAACAAUGACAGAGAAUCAGAGCCCAUGCCAAGUUCUUCUGUCACUUUGUCUUACUAUUUUGUGAAAAUGAAUGUUGUUUAGUUAUCUUAAAGGGUA